AAAUGUGUGGGUUCACUAUAGUCUCCACAAGUCCAGAUACACGCUCCAAAUGAAAUAAAUAAAUGAAUAAACUCUCUGCAAAAUACACUGAAAUUAUUAUUGUUGUUGAGCCGCCGGACGGAGGGCCCACGUCCACUCAUCUCUGAGGUCUGACGUCUGAGCAGUGAGCAAGCAAUCACUUGUUGUCCCGUUAUUAUAUAUAACGAGCGAGCGAGCCAGAUCACCACGCCCUCUCCUCUCCAUUCACCACCGCCGAUCGUGUUCCAGACUUCCAGUGCAGCAGCCAGCAAGUAAGCAGAGCAGCCGGCCGUGCGUCCGAUCGAGAAGAAGACUCACGGGAGCAAGCCGUACUGUACCGAUGGCAAUGACGGCCGGGGCGCCGUCCAUGGAGGUGGAGCAGGACCUCCCAGGCUUCCGGUUCCACCCCACCGAGGAGGAGCUCCUCGGCUUCUACCUCUCCCGCGUCGUCCACGGCAAGCAGCUCCACUUCGACAUCAUCGGCACCCUCAACAUCUACCGCCACGACCCCUGGGACCUUCCUGCGAUGGCGAAGAUCGGGGAGAGGGAGUGGUACUUCUUCGUGCCGCGCGACCGGAAGGCCGGCAGCGGUGGGCGGCCGAACCGGACGACGGAGCGCGGGUUCUGGAAGGCCACGGGGUCGGACAGAGCCAUCCGGAGCUCCGCCGACGCCAAGCGGGUGAUCGGGCUCAGGAAGACGCUCGUCUUCUACCAGGGGCGCGCCCCGCGCGGCACCAAGACGGACUGGGUCAUGAACGAGUACCGCCUCCCCGACCACGCCGCCGCCGCCGCGCCACCGCCCAAGGAGGACAUGGUGCUCUGCAAGAUCUACCGGAAGGCCACCCCACUGAAGGAGCUCGAACAGAGGGCCUCUACCAUGGAGGAGAUGCAGAGGCGCAGCGACGCGGCCGAAGCAGCAUCAGCAUCCCUGGUCCAGGCUGUAGGCUCCGCCGACGACAACUACCUGUCAUCGGGCGACACCCACGACAUAAGCGUCCUGCAGAUCCCAGCCUCGUCCUCCCCCGCGCCGUCGGGCGACAGCUACGGCGGGCCCGCGCUCAGGGAGGCCCAGACGGAAGCCGCGGACGCCACGACGGUCACGGUGGCGUCGGCGUCUCUGGUGCAUGCCGCAUGCAUGGCAGGCCCGGCAGCGAGGCAUGGUGACCUGCCCACCCCGCAGGUGCCGACGCAUCUCGGAGUCGCCGACUGGACGCAGAUGCAGGACCCGUUCAUGCUGCGCAGCCUGUGGCAGGACCAGCUCUUCUUCUCCCCCUUAGCCCACCUGCUCUACUGAAGUCCGAAACGAGGAAGAAGAUGAACUGUGUCACUGUCACCCAAAUGCGAUGGCCAGCCGCAACCGCAAUGCUUGCUUAGAUAGUUAGAUGUCAAUUCGGCUGUACAUAUUCUGUUCGUAAAGACUAAAGACUCGUAGAUGCUCUUUUUUGUUUAUGCAUGCAUUUGGUACGGGACCUUGGACAUGAAAGUCAUAAUAAAUUACUAGUUCACUUUCUAA